GGGGAUGUUUUCAAAGUACGUUAUAAAAAAUAACAGUGCCUUCGUUCUUGUGGUGUAUUAAUUUGUACUCAUGAUAUAUUUGACAGAAUUGUGAAUAUUUCAUAUAUACAAUAUAUUUGAAGUGUUACUGCCAACACAUUCUUAUGUCUAUGUUAAUUAAUGGUUCACAUGGUGAUAAUUCUUGUUGAGUUACAUGAGACGACCCCUGGAACGGAGAAAAACUCAGACCCAAUAUGGCUGCAUUGGAAGAAGGGUUUCAAUAUGGUCUCUCUUCAAAAUCAAUUUCUUCUUCAAAUAAAUCCGUCGUUCAAGUGAAACUUACUGAUUCAGCCUUAAGGAUCUUCGAGGAAUAUGUCAAGAGAAAGCCGGCACAUUGUCAGAAACCAAGUAUACAGUUUGAUGAAAGUUCUGGGGCAAUACAGAUACCGGAUGGAAAUGGGACCAGAACAUUUAAAUUUACUCUGUCAGCCCUGGAACCAAAUGGGAGCUUUGAUGCAAUUCGCCAGCCACAAACACGAGGUGGCCAGCUGACUUUGGAGGGCAGCAUGACCAACAAGAUCCAGAUUCAUGCCACCAGCGAGCUCUUCGAAACUACCCGUGAACGGGUCACACAAGCCGAGAUUGACAGCAAGAAAAACUCAACCAAAGUGAUAAAGCAGAGUGGUCCGCGUAUUAGUCGUAAGAAGACCACAGUGAUCCGCAAUUCAGCCCCCACUCACCAGCCAUCCCGGCCACCACCAGCCCAGCCAGUCAAACCAAAGCCCCCUUCCUCAGCCCCGGUCAACUUUGUAAAGCGCCCAUCCCCAUCAUACGCAACACAGGGACAUGCUGUGUCCCCACACAAUCCCACGUCAGCCAAGACAGUGUCGCCCACUCCGGUCAGUCAGCCAAGUGGACACGCUAGCCAGCCCAUUGGACACACUAGCCAGUCCAGUGUUCACACAAGCCAAUCAAGUGGACACCCCAGUCAACCAAGUGGACACCCUAGUCAACCUGCCGCCCAGUCCACUGGCCGGACAGCGGGCAACUCAGCCAUCACUGCCAUGCCCUACAGGGACAGGAUAAUUCACCUGUUGGCCAUCCACUCCUACAAGCGACCUGAACUUCUCAUCAGACUACGGAAAGAUGGAGAGAACAAAAAAGACAAAGAUCAACUAGGUGCAAUCCUGAAUCAGGUGGCUGUAGCCAAAGACAAUGUGUUCAGCCUGGCCAAAUAUCUGUACACCGCCGAGGUGCGCUCUGACUGGCCCUUCUACACAGAGGAGGAUAGGCAGAUAUUAAAAAAGAAGAUGGCUAGCCUCUCAUCCGUGUCCCCUUCCGCGUCCCCGGCCAACAGAAGUCCUGACAGCCAAUCCUCAACUGUACAGAAAAAGCCUGAGUCCCUGAAGCGCUCGUUGGAAGACAGUAAUCGUUCAACACACCAUAGCUCAAAAAAGAUUAGGAUAUCACACUGUACCAAGAAGGAGUCACGCCCUAGUACAGAGGAGAGACUUUCCCACAGUCAUAACAGCGUAUCUUCUACCACAGACAUAUCAGACAAAAAGGAAAAUAUAGAUGACACAGUCGAUUCCACUUCAGACACUCCAGAAUACAUGAGGGAGUACUUCAUGAUAACAAGUGAUGAUCAGCGUAGCAAGUACAAGCAGGACUUCAAUGUGGAGUAUGACGAGUAUCGUGAGCUGCAUUCCCAGAUUGACAAGGUGUCCCAGAAGUUUAUCAAUCUAGAGAUGAAGAGGAAGAAAUACCACAAAAACACUAUAGAAUACAAGAACAUUGAGGAUGCUAUCAGAACAGAGUAUAGAAAUCAGAAGAGUGACAUAAAGUUUCUUGAACGAAAGAAACACUUUGAAUAUCUCCACAAAAAACUGGCCCAUAUCAAAAAGCUCAUAACGGACUAUGAUCAAAAGUUUGUUGAAUUAUCUUAGCAAUGGCUUUGUUCCUGAAUGAUCUCCCCUGAACAAGCUUUACGGACCUUCUCUACCGAUGAGUUCAUACACUACACAAAGUUGCCUCCCUGGAAUUGCCAAGGCUUGUGAUAUUUGCCAUGAUGUAUACUCAUGUAUACAGUCACAUUGUUUUUGUGCAUAAUCAUGUGUGAUCUGAUUGUGUUAUCAGAUGACCAGGAGGGCCUGGUGUUAUACAAUAGCUUGUGAUAUGUAGGAAAGGUUCUAGUUAUAACAAGCAUACCUUUAUUGUCGGUGGACCAUUAUUAAAAUCUUGAUCUUGAUGAAAUCGAAUCUCAAGAUAAAUUAUUCUUUUAAAUAAUUUACUGACAAAAUGCAUUUUGAUUGGCAAGAUAAAUGUUGUUGUAGCUGAAAUCUUUCUUACAUGAUGCAAAUUAUGUGUGCAACAUUGCACAAUAUUUAAGUAGAACUGAUCUGUUUACUGAUCCUAACAAAUUGAGAUACCAUUUCUCAAAAAUAUUUAAAAAGGAGAUGUGAGUUCAAUGGUGCACAAGUCAAAAAUAAGGAAGUGUUUGGUGUUUAUCAGUUGUUGAUUACAGUCAUGAAACAUAUAUAACCUUAAUAUUAUCAGUUGUUGACUCAUCUGUUUAAUAAGAUUAGCAAUAUACAUGUAUGCAAGUGCUGCAAAUAUUAUUUUUUAAAACUGCUGAGACAGCAUAACAAAUAAAUUGCAAGGCUAUUUUAUUCAUUGAUUGAAGCACACUAAGAACUUUUCAGAGACAAUGGUUAGCUGUACUGUAUUAAUAUUUUCUAGUCUUGUGAAUUUUGUGAAGUUUUUUGAAGGUAGUGAAAUGUGAACAUUAAUCAUUUCCCUAGUGCAAUAACUCAAUAAAUGCAUGUAGAAAUAGAAGCAGUUAUUGAGUUCUUGCAUUAUGAUGAUAAUUUUUGAGCCUAUGUUUAAUUUUGCCUUAAUGUCUUCCUGAUGGUUGUCCGGUUACACUGUCAAGUGCAUAUAAUGAGGUUAGAGACAACUGAUUUUUAAUUAAUAAUAAAUUUAUUGGUGACAGAUCAUGAUGGAAGUCACAGCCAAGUUAUCUAUGUGUACAAAUUUAUUUCUCAGAUAUUUCCUGGUUCCCAGUUCAGGUGCUGUGCUUAUUUUUCGGUUGCAUGACUGUGUUGUGUAAUUGUCUAGACUGUGAUAUUAGUAGGCAGAAGUCUCGCGCAGGGUUGCCAUUGGGAUAGAUUUUAGCCAGGUUUAUACUCUCGCUGCAUAGCCAUGCAAUCUCAUUUUUGCUUUAAAUCCUUCAGUGUCGUAUUUGAUGUGGAGGAGUGACGUUCAAAAUUGGAAGUUCAAGUUUUUAUUUUAUUUUUGUCAUCCUUUCUUUGCCUGUUGUAAACCUUAAGUACUGGACACCAAAUUCAAUCAACCAUUUUCAUUUUUAACUGAGCUGUUUUUGUAGCAAAAGAAGUUGAGGUUGUCACUGCCUUGGUGUCGUUGUCAGGGUCAUCAUGCAUCAUAAACAACGGCCAUAACUUCAACACAGUUCCGAGAUAUCCAAAUGUAGAGAAAACCCCAUAACUCUGGCUUGAAAGAUUGUAGAGUUAUGCCCCUUGUUUGACUGGAACAACAACAGCAGACAAGCAUUGAGGUUUGCUUCCUGGCGCUCUUUUAUAAUGUUUCAUUCACAGUUUGUAUUUGAAUCUUGAAAAAUUAAAUUACACAUAAGAGUGGAAGUCUACGUGUAUUAAAUACAAUGAAUAUUUUUUUCAGAUUGAACUAUACAUGAAAAAUGCACAUGUAUUUCACUUUCUUUUCUGAAACAAACCAUACCAGGCUUUUUUUAAUAAUUUAUUUACUGUUUGCAAACAGAAGAUUUCACUCAAAAAUAUACCUUUUCAUAUUUCCAUAUUAAUCAUUUUCAUUCGCAUUUGAUUCUUUGUCUAUUCUGUUAUCAUUUUAUCAUUUUAAUAAAAAAAAAAAAAUAAUUGUUACAAAUAUGUAAAAAAAAAAAUAGGAAAACAAAAAAGUAACAAAGUAUGUGGAUUGUUCGGUAAUAACUUUAAUUACAUUGGUUUAAAUUCGUCAUUAUGUGGUGCUUAUACAAGAAACUUUAAAAAAAGAACUGCAGGCGUAUGAAAAUAGAGUUAUGUGUUUUUUUUCUUCAAAAUUUGACAUCUAAUGGCAAUCCACUAGCUUUGUUACACAAAGAAAUAUAAAGCGGAACACUUUUACACUGCUUGCUUUAAUAUACUAUCUUCAGAUACUAUGUUAUAGUGACCUGUACUUAGAUAUAUCCAAAGUUUUGAAUAAAA